AUGGCUCUCACACCCGUCGACACGACACUCAAGGUGCCUCCUCCGGACCCUGUCGCAGAACCACCCAAAGUGGCUGUAACGCCCUGCGAACCACCAACAGGCCCCUAUUACUUCGAGGGAGGAUUUCGCCGUGUCAGUCCAUACCAUUAUACAUACAACACAUUCUGCAAGGAGCGAUGGAGGGGUCGGGAAUUAGUCGACAUCUUUAUCUCCGAAUUUCGCGAUCGCCCACCAGAGUACUACAGAGAGGCCCUAGAAGCCGGCAGAGUCUCUGUUAACGGUAAACCAGCCGGACCGAAUACAAAAGUGAAGAACGGCGAUGUCAUCUCGCAUACCCUGCACCGACACGAACCUCCCGUCACAAGCCAGGAGAUCGGCAUCAUCCACGAAGACGAUGGCCUCAUCGUCAUCGACAAACCGGCCGGUGUGCCUGUCCACUCUGCCGGUCGGUACCACUACAACACCGUAAUUGAGAUCCUCCGUGCCGAGCGUGGUGGUGGUUGGGUGCCCCGGCCUUGCAAUCGACUGGAUCGGUUAACCUCCGGCGUGAUGUUCAUCGCCAAAGAUCCCAAAGCAGCAGAAAUGGUUGCCAGCAAGCUGAAAGAGCGAUCUGUGCACAAGGAGUACGUGACACGGGUGAAGGGCAAGUUCCCAGACGGGGUGGUGGUCUGCGACCAGCCCAUCAUGCAGGUUAGUCCAAAGCUAGGACUGAACCGGGUCCGCGCUACUGGUAAGACGGCGAAGACAAAGUUCCGCCGUUUGGCGUACUACCCCCCUCAUGCUCCGGAGCCGGCUGCAGCGAGAGGGGACCGGGCUGCGACGCCGCCGCCUGCGUAUUCGAACGAGGAGGAUGGGUAUAGUAUCGUGCAUUGUUUGCCGUUGACGGGACGCACGCAUCAGAUUCGUGUGCAUCUUCAGUUCCUGGGACAUCCGAUUACGAAUGAUCCGAUUUAUUCGAAUCGGCGUGUGUUCGGGCCCGGCCUGGGAAAGAGCGAGGAUAGCGGUGAUCGGGAUGAUGAGAUCAUGGAGCGGUUGAACAAUAUGGGCAAGACUGAGCUUCCGGAUACGGUUUCGUACCGGACUCAUCUUACUGCUGCACCGCUUGUGCCACCGGGUACGGAGUCCUCCGUUAUCGAGGGCAUCAUGUCCCGCGAGCACGAGGCUGCCCUUGUGGAGUACCAUAAGCGCAAGGGUGAGAGGCUUUCCGGCGAGCAGUGUGACGUCUGUGGUACGGACCUCUAUACUGAUCCUGGUGUGCAUGAGCUGGGUAUCUUUCUUCAUGCCGUUGCUUACUCUUCGGAUAAUGGCGACUGGAAGUACCGCAGCAAGAUGCCUUCUUGGGCCCUCCCCCCGCCAGGCAUGGAUGGUCCUCAGGCAGUCCCUGACUGGGAGCCCGUGCCGGAGGAGGAAGAGAUCGUGAUCGGGAAUGGAACUGUACCUGAGGGCAUGGAGGAUGAAGACAAGCCGAAGCGGAGUCAGGGAAGUGUCCUUGUUCGGGGCGUGGGAGUGGUGGAUAGCGAGAGGCUGCAGAGCAAUAGCAGUCUGCUUGAUCUUUCCUUGUCGUGUUAG